UCUCUUCCGGCCUCUUUGGUCACGGUGGCGGAGGCGAGAUGACGAAGGGAACGUCAUCGUUUGGAAAGCGUCGGAAUAAGACGCACACGUUGUGCCGCCGCUGUGGCUCUAAGGCCUACCAUCUCCAGAAGUCGACCUGUGGCAAGUGUGGCUACCCUGCCAAGCGAAAGAGGAAGUAUAACUGGAGUGCGAAAGCUAAAAGACGAAACACCACCGGGACUGGUCGAAUGAGGCACCUAAAAAUUGUAUAUCGCAGAUUCAGGCAUGGAUUCCGUGAAGGAACAACACCUAAACCCAAGAGGGCAGCUGUUGCGGCAUCCAGUUCAUCUUAAGGAUUUCAGCAAAGUCACGCAAUAAAUGUUCUGGUUUUAAAAAAUUA